AUGCCGAAGCCAUACCGUGGUGUCCAAGCUCUGCCAUCAUUCCACCAAGACUUUAAGUUCAAUAGAGAAACACUAUUUCAAAAAAUUGAACAUGACCCGCAAAGACCCUAUCAAAAACCCUAUCAAACAUGUGACCUUGACCCACAAAAACGCUCUGCCUACGGGACGAGUACCCCACCAGAGCGCAGUGAUUUACCACAACUCUCAAAUAGGCAACCGUUAAAAAUGGGUUCCCAGGCCCGUCGAUCUUAUCUGCCCCCAAUAAAUUUACCAGCUGCACCUGCAGAAACAAUCCCAGCUCCACCGACAACAACCUACCCAAGAGCGCCCGAACAAAAAGCCCCAUCCGCCUUCCGAAAUGAAGCCACUUCACGGGAUGAUUUAGCGUGGCGCCGACAGUCACGGAUGGGCGCUGGUACUAUGAUCGCCCCAGACCCUCGCUUCGGUACUGACAACAUUAAGAGCCUGAAUCUGUACAACUUCCUUCACUUUCACCGGGGCAUGGAGAAGUCGCUGGUGAUGUUCUACACAACCCCGGGACCUGACAAGGACAGGCUCAAACAGGAGUUUGAAACUGCUGCUGACCGAGGGCAGGAAGAUGGUUACGGCUUUGGCGCUGUCGAUUGCUUUACGGACAACGAGCUGUGCUGCCGUGAGAACGUCUGUAAGACACCCAUGUUGAAACUCUACUCCAACGGCUUUCAAGUUAGCGCCAUACAGGACCCUAGCACAUUCACCGCGUACCAGAUGGACAUGUUGAUGAGACACACACCUGUACUGACUCAGCCCAAAGCUAAGGUCAGUCAACAGCUGGAACGUCCUGUUCCCCGAAUAAUUAUGGGUACUCGCAUGUUGAACAGAUGA